UGUCACUUCCGGGAGGCUGGCUGUGCACAGGACCAUUCUCUUUAGUGUUUGCCCUGUCCUCCAUAUGCCCAUCUCCUUGACGUCCUCGUUUUGAUAAAAAAAUAAACUUAAAUAGCCUCCUAAACAGGUUGUCAACAAAGGGCAGCUGCUGUACACGAACCUGUCAUAUGGAGUAACCAAAAACUGAACAAAGGAACGACGAGGCAGAAACUUGCUGUCAGGCCCCCUCAGCUGUGUCCUUGCUUGUGAUUGACCAGAGCCCUCAGACAUGUCUCAGAUGCAGUUCCAGUGCCCUGCCAGCCCCCUGCCUGCUGCUCCUGCCCCUCUGCCUCUGGGGCAGCAGCAGCAGCCUGGCUACAGCAUCCCCUGUGCAUCUGGCACUCUGCAAUCAGAGAGCGCCAGCCAGCCAGGGAGGAGCUCAGCCCUACCUGCAGGCUCCGCCACUGCUUACAACACUAUCACAGAAUCAAACAUGGCAAACCCUAAAGAGAAGACCCCUAUGUGCUUGGUGAAUGAGUUAGCCCGUUUCAACAAGAUACAACCUGAGUAUAAGCUGCUAAGUGAGCAGGGGCCCGCUCACUCCAAGAUAUUUUCAGUCAGACUCACGUUGGGAGAUCAGCACUGGGAGGCAGAAGGGACCAGCAUCAAGAAAGCCCAGCACUCAGCGGCUGCAGCUGCUCUGUCUGAGACCACGCUCCCCAAACCCACCGUGAGGUCGCCCCGCCCACCUGGCAGGAUCCCAGAUAGCAUGGCACAUAUAAUAGAGCUGAAUGCCAUUUGUAUGAAGCUUGGUAAAAAGCCCAUGUACAAACCCCUCGACCCUUACCCCGGCAUGAGAUCUCCAAACUUCAACUACAAUGUCCGUGGUCCGGGACCGUACCAGCGCUCUAUGCAACAGUACUAUUACCCUUUCCCCCCUGUGGGACCAGUGAUUUACCACAUGGAGCUCUCUGUCGGCGGGCAGCAGUUUUUAGGGAAGGGUCGCACUCGUCAGUUAGCCAAACAUGACGCCGCUGCAAAGGCCCUGAAGGUGCUGCAGAAGGAGCCCAUGUUACAAGAGUUGGCUGAGAUGAAUGGAGAGGAGGAGGAAGAGGAAAACCUAAACAAAUCUGAAAUCAGUCAAGUGUUUGAAAUUGCACUUAAACGCAACUUACCUGUGAGCUUUGAGGUUUUAAAGGAAGAUGGCCCUCCUCACAUGAAGAGCUUUGUUGUGCGCGUUACAGUUGGGCAGUUUGUUGGAGAGGGAGAGGGGAAAAGUAAAAAGAUCGCCAAGAAGCUGGCAGCCGCUGCAGUUCUGGGAGAGCUGAAAAAACUUCCUCAUAUUCCCAGUGUGGAAAAGGCACUGCCACGCAUCAAGAAGAAAACCAAAUCCAUCAUCAAGUUGCAGACGAGUCCGGAGUAUGGGCAAGGCAUGAAUCCCAUCAGCCGCUUGGCUCAGAUCCAACAGGCCAAAAAGGAGAAGGAGCCCGAGUACACCAUGGUGACGGAGAGAGGGUUGCCGCGGCGCCGGGAAUUCGUUAUGCAGGUGACAGUGGGAGGGCAGUCUGCAGAGGGAAUGGGACCGAGUAAGAAGGUGGCCAAGAGAAAUGCUGCUGAGAAAAUGCUUGAACUUUUGGGAUAUAAAGUGCCUCAACCUCAACCCCCAAAACCGGCGCUAAAGACUGAUGAAAAGUUACCAGUGAAAAAACCUGGUGAUGGGCGGAAAGUGACCUUCUUUGAGCCAGGUUCAGCUGAAGAGGCAGCUAAUGGCAUUAAAGAGGAGGACUUCCGGCUACCGUACAUGAGCCACCAGCAGCUGCCCGCGGGGAUCCUGCCCAUGGUGCCGGAGGUGGCUCAGGCGGUGGGGGUCUGUCAAGGUCCUCAGCCCAGUCGCACUCUGCCAAACCCGGCCAAGGCCACAGUCACUGCCAUGAUCGCCAAUGAGCUGCUCUACGCCGGAACUUCUCCAACUGCAGAGACCAUCCUGAAGAACAAGAACAACCUCAACCAACUGCCCCAUGGACCCCUGACCAGACCCUCAGAGCAGCUCAGUUUUCUGUCUGCAGUGCAGGGGCUCCAGGUGGACUACAAAGAUUUCCCCAAAAACAAUAAGAACGAGUUUGUGUCACUAAUUAAUUGCUCUGCACAGCCUCCACUUAUCAGUCACGGCAUUGGAAAAGAUGUAGAAUCCUGUCAUGAUAUGGCUGCUCUAAAUAUACUGAAGUUGCUCUCAGAGUUGGACCAACAGGCAAAUGAAAGAACAGGGAAUGGACCAGCAUCUGGGUGUGUAAAGCAGGAAAUGGAAGAUGACCUCAAACAGGCUAACUCAAACACAUUGGCACACACCUUGGAUGGCACUGCAUAGUUCUGGUUGUGUCCUGAAGCACUAGAGAAAGAUCCACACUGUGUUCAUGUUACUGUUUUAGCGGCUACAGGACAUUUGGAGCUCUGUAAGCUAGAAACUAUUACUUAAGUUGUUCUUAAAAGUUCACAGUUAAACAAGAUUAAUAGAAAGAUAGUUUAUACUUGUUGAUAUUGUUUAAUUGGACAAUGUUAUUUUAUGUUGCUUUGUAGAUGAAAAUGCUGCAUCCUAGGCACUGAGGUGUUGACCACGUGAUAAUAAAUUUAAAAUGUGAACCUUUUUUCUUUAAAGCUAGCUUCAUUCUUUGAUAUUCUGUUGUUAAGAGUUAUAUGUCUCAUUCCUUGUCCAAGUAGUCCUUUUAAAGAAAUCAUUUUUGUGUUAGCAUUCUCUUUGUCUAGGGUGCAGCAAUAGGACCUCUGUUGAUUUUUCCCACAGUGCUUUAUAAGAACAACCACCAGUGAAGUGAUGGACAUUACCAUGUAGGGCUGGGAAGGAAGAUGUUCUAAAUGUAGUUGUGCUUCACCGUUGUCUCUAAUCUGUGUGCUGCGGGACGCUUCCUGUGGCACUAGGCUCCCUGGAGUUCCCCUUCCUAAUGUCAGCCUCCCAUCCCUCUCCUCACAUGGUAAUAAAAUGUCAGUGCUCUUUUGCACUAACCAAAGA